CGGGCCAAUGGGCGCGGGGUGGCGGGCGGUCCCGGCGCCCGGCUGAGGGCGCGGGCGGGCGGCCGGACAGACGGACGUGAGGCUGCAUCGCGGGAGGCGCAUGGCGGGGAUGGCGCUGGCGCGGGCCUGGAAGCGGAUGUCCUGGUUCUACUACCAGUACCUGCUGGUCACGGCGCUCUACAUGCUGGAGCCCUGGGAGCGGACGGUCUUCAAUUCCAUGUUGGUGUCUGUCGUGGGCAUGGCCCUGUACACUGGAUAUGUCUUCAUGCCCCAGCACAUCAUGGCAAUACUGCACUAUUUUGAAAUUGUACAAUGACGAAGAUGUGACCAGAAUCAAAAGAUUCCUUGGAGAAGAUCUGCCCUCCAAAGUUGGAAUGAGACUUCAUCAGGUGUCAUGAGAAACUACUGGAUGUCAGCAUAACCGACCGUAUAAAUAUGAAGACUAAAAUUCAUGAGUAGAACAGGAAACUCAUCCUGACUCAUGUGUUGUGUUCUUUAUUUUUAAUUUUAGAAGAGGCUCUUGUAUAGUAGUUUUUGUCUAACAUUGUAGUCAUUUGUACUUUGAUAUUAGUAUUUUCUUAACCUUUGUGACUGUUUGAAUAUUACUCCAUGAAAGCUUUUUUUAAUGUAACUUUGAGUACAUUUUAAUUGCCUUCUAUUUUUAAAACUCAAAGUAAUUAGUUGGGCUUUAUUGUUCUUGCUAUUGUAUGGCAUAUACAUCUGCCUGGAUAUAUUUCUAUUCUUGACCAAAGUUUUGUAAGAAAUAAUACAAGAUUUGGAGCAGGGGGCUGGGGAGGGAGGCUAUUUUAUUGAGAAUUACUUACAAAAGACUUAUCUGUGAGUUUGAACUCAGGAGUAUAAUUUUAGCUUUCUAGACUCCUACCAGUCUAUGCUUUCAAACUAUUAAAAUGUUUCUUAGCAAUGAAUAAAAGUAAAGAUCUUGCUAAAAUUAAAAUAAGGAACAUUUCAUCUUUUAAAUAUUUAAUUCUUAUGAGACUUAUUCCCAGAAAACUUUGGUGAUGAUUCUUAAGACCGUAGGUGGUUAGCUAAUAAUAUUAUUAAUGCUUCUGUAUAUUGUAGAGUUUUUAAUAGAUGGAAACCAGUUUCCUCUGAGAGCCACUAUUUAGUUUCAUGACUGUAAUGGGUGCUGCAAAUGCAUUUGCACAUUGCACUAAGAUGUGAUGAGAUGAAUUAUUAAAAAAGAUAGCAAAAAGAAGUGUAAAUUUGGCUAAAAUCCUUACACUCUUUGUAUUCUUAUUUUUAAGAUUUUUAUUCCUUAAAUGUAAAAUGACUAUCUAAAUUUUUGAUGUAAACUCAUUAAAUUCAAAGACAACAAGAA